AUUUUGCAAGAUAACUGAGAAAUGGAAGAUAUAAAGACAAAAAGCAAUUUAUAUUUGACAGAGGAUGACGAGUCUUUACAGAUUGCUUCGAAAUGUUGGGAACGCGUUAUGAAUGCUGCUAGCAAGACUGGUUAUAGGGAAGGCGUACAGGAUGGAGCAGACUCAGUGCUGCAAGAGGGAUUUGACAUUGGCUUUAAAGACGGUUUCGAAACUGCUUUUACAUUGGGGAAAUACAAAAGCCUGGCUGCUACUUUAUCAUCUACUUCAAAACAUCCUACAGAUAUAGCUGCUAUUCUCGAGAAAACUAGACGAGGUGCAUGUCAUAUAUGCAGUGCAGAAUCACAAAAUCCCAAUAUACAUGAUAUGCCAUUUUCUGAGAUUUUAAAAGAUCAAAAAACACAUUCCACGAAAGUAAUAAAUAGGCUACAUGAAUAUUUUGAACCAAUCUUAAAUAAUUCAAAUAUUGGGAUCAAUUUUAAAUAGGCGUGUUUUAAUAUGACAAACAAUCGAGUAAAAUUUAAUAAAAAUCAAUAACACUUUUACAGAUAUAAUGCUAUAAAAGUUAAUAUAAUUUUUUAAUAGA